UGACAGAUGUGAAGAACGGUGCAGACAUUUGAUGCCUAAUUUGGUUUGCUGGGCGUGGAGCUGCUGAUCUGAGCUGCUCGUCAGGUCACGGAGCUGAGGAGUUGCGAUCUGAGGUUCUCUACAGCUGGAUGUCCCGGACCAGGCAGAGACUAUCCGCAGCCAAGUAUCACAAAGAUUUCUCCGUCUUCUUUGAGUGGCUGACCAUAAAAAUCUAAAGGAAGUGACUCCCAACAGGAAGACUAUUCCUACUAUCUCUACUACUAUCUCACAGCAACCAUUCCAGCUUCUUACGUCACUUACCACAUCAUGGCUGUAGUCCUCCAUUCCAGCCCCCUCCUAUGGACACGGUUGGCAGCCCUGAUCUUCUCCUGCGUGGCCUUCUCCGUGGCCGUGCAUGGAGGCAGACUCUUCCACGGCACCGGAGAUUGGUGCAUCUUCUGCUGGGCCUUCAGUUUUGCCGGGACUCUGCUUGUUUUCCUGGUGGAGCUGUUCGGCCUUCAGACCAGGGCCCCUGUUUCCUGGAAGAACUUCCCCAUCACCUUUGCCUGCUACGCCGCUCUGCUCUGCCUGUCCGCCUCCAUCAUCUUCCCCCUCUACUUCCUCAAAGGCUCUUCAGGCCCAAGUGAAAUCCGCGACUACCGCAUCGUGUCAACCGUGUUCUCCUGUCUAGCCACCAUCGCCUACAUUACCGAGGUGAGCAUCAGCAAGGCGCGUCCGGGCGAGGUGGCUGGCUACAUGGCCACAGCCCCGGGCCUGCUGAAAGUCUGCGAGACCUUUGUGGCCUGCAUCAUCUUCGUCUUCAUCAGCGAGCCUGUGCUUUACGACCGACACGACGCGCUCAAGUACUGCAUGUCCGUCUACUGCAUCUGCUUCAUCCUGUCAGCGGCCAUCAUCCUGCUCUGCAUCGGCGAGUGCACCGGCUGCCUCCCCUUCUCGUUUGCUCGCUUCCUGUCUGGCUACGCCCUGCUGGCCGUUGUCCUCUAUCUAUCAGCAACCAUUAUCUGGCCCAUUUUCAACUUUGAUCCCAAGAAUGGCGGAAACAAAGAUAGGCCCUACAAUUGCAACACCGCGCAGGGGCUGUGCAGUUGGGAUAAAUGCAUGGUGGUGUCUGUGCUCACUGCUGUCAACUUCAUCCUUUACCUAGCCGACCUGAUCUACUCCACCCGCCUGGUGUUUGUCAGCGCCUGAGGGAAGAGAUAGGGUGUUAGGUCAGCAGUAUGCUCCAAACAAAAUUGAAUUUGUCAGGUUCUCAAAAGCUGUCAAACUGCUGUCAAACACGGUGCUCCA